GAGUCAGUGAUUCCAGUGGCUUCUUUCAUAUGUCCCUACCCCUCCCUUUUCUUUUCUACUAAUAUAAAUUUGUUUGUAUCUUUCACACUUUUUAUUAUAUUUCUGCUCUCUUUCAUGCCCCACAAUUUCAAAUACAGCCCAGACCCAGAGACAAAGUCUGCCAUGACAACAUUUUUGAAACCAUUAAACUCAAAUAUUCAUGCCACUAGACGCUGAUCAUAAACCCGCUUGCUUCACAGAGAAGGAGAAGAAAGUUGCAAAGGAGGAGCAUUUCUGAGAAAAAGACCUCAUGAACCUCUUUCUCUGGCCACUUAAAUAUCUGACAAGAAAGCUUUGAUUUUUCGUUCCUCUGUGACCAUCUCCGUAUUGGGUUCUAUUCAUACCUUGCGAAUUUCAAGGGAAAAAACAAGAGGUAAACAGAUUUGAUUUGCUGGAUAAACCUUUCAAAUUGUUCAGGUUCUGGUUUUUCAGAGUUCAGCUCCGGGAAAUUAAAGAUGAUUAGAAUGGUCUGAGAAGGAAGAAGCUAUAGCUAGCUUUAUUUGCAUGGCGAGUCACAGAAUAGGACAGACUGGUUUGUCUGAGUCAUCGCCUUCAGGUCAUCACUAUGGAGUAGUUCACGGAAUUAAUAAUACUGCUGCAGCAUCCACCAGCUUAAUCAAUCAAGGGACUGCUUUUGAUUUUGGAGAGCUGGAAGAGGCAAUUGUUCUGCAAGGAGUAGAGAUUAGAAAUGAUGAAGGCAGAGCACCUUUAUUCACGUCCAGGCCAGCAGCUACUACUCUGGAAAUGUUCCCCUCUUGGCCAAUCAAAUUUCAGCAAACCCAUAGAGUAGCAGGAGGAUCAAAGUCAGGAGGAGAAAGCACUGAUUCUGGGUCAGGUGUUAACACCAUAUCGAGCAAAAGUGAGCAUCAGUUCGAAUUUGAACCAGAAUCUCCCAUUAGUAAGAAAGCUUCUUCAUCUUCAGACCUUCAUCAUCAUCAGAAGCAACAGCAACUUCAACACGAGAUGGCAGGUGAUGCCUCAAGAGCAGGCCCAUCACAGAAUCAAUCACCUGCCAAAUCACCGCAGGAAAAGAGGAAGGGAGCCGGUUCUUCAUCCGAAAAACAACUUGAUGCAAAGACACUGAGACGUCUAGCUCAAAACAGAGAGGCUGCUCGGAAGAGCCGUUUGAGAAAGAAGGCCUACGUGCAGCAGCUAGAGUCCAGUAGGAUAAAGCUCACUCAGCUUGAGCAAGACCUUCAAAGAGCUCGCUCACAGGGACUGUUCUUGGGCUGUGCUGGUGCCGGGGGCAACAUAAGCUCUGGAGCUGCAAUAUUUGAUAUGGAAUACGCAAGAUGGAUAGAGGAAGACCACCGGCACAUGAUGGAGUUGAGAGCGGCGCUGCAGGCGGCGUUAUCGGACAGCGAGUUAAGAAUAAUGGUGGAUGGAUAUCUGUCGCAUUACGAUGAGAUCUUCAGGCUCAAAGGCGUCGCUGCAAAAACAGACGUGUUUCAUCUUAUUACUGGCAUGUGGACUUCUCCUGCUGAACGCUGCUUCCUUUGGAUGGGCGGUUUCCGACCCUCUGAGCUCAUCACGAUGUUGAUACAGCAGUUAGAGCCACUGGCUGAGCAGCAGAUUAUGGGAAUGUAUGGCCUCAGACAUUCCUCACAGCAAGCAGAAGAGGCUCUCUCUCAAGGCCAUGAACAACUCCAGCAGUCCCUUGUUGACACCAUUGCCGGUGGCCCGGUCGGCGACGGCGUUCAACAGAUGGUCAUCGCCAUGAGCAAGCUCUCCAAUCUCGAAGGAUUCGUCCGCCAGGCGGAUAAUUUGAGGCAACAGACACUGCACCAGUUAUGCAGAUUGCUGACAAUUCGACAAGCCGCAAGAUGUUUCCUUGUAAUGGGAGAGUACUAUGGUCGCCUUCGUGCCCUUAGUUCUCUCUGGGCUUCAAGACCUCGAGAGACGUUGAUGAACGAGGAUAACCCGUGCCAAACGACAACGACGGACUUGCAAAUGGUGCAACCUCAUCAUCACCAUCAUCAGAAUCAUUUUGCUGGUUUCUGAGGUAGAAUUAGAUAGAUCCGACUCUUUAGUUUGAACUUAAAGCUCCUCUAUAUAUAUAUAUAUAUAUAUAUAUAUAUAUAUUGCUUGUCAAUUGCUUUCUCCUGCUUUACAAGGAAGGGUAGUGACGUCUAGAAGAAAUAUAUAUUCCUUUUUUUUAUUUAUUUUUUUCCUUUAUAUAACGUGUCUGUACCCCAUUUGAUCAUAUUCCCUUGUGUUGUAUCGUCUGUGUUUUUAUUGUAAAUGUAAAUUAAUCUCGAUUGCAUAUGAUUAUAUAUGAAAA